AUGGCGAUUCCGCCCCGGCAUGUGCGCCUCGUUGUCUGGCGUGACGGCAGCAAUAUGCUGGCGCUAGACCUUCCUGUCGAUUUUGUGCAUUCUGUUGUAUACAAACCUUUCAAAUACCUGGCGUAUGCAGCCUGGUCGAUCUGUGGACAACGGGGCGAAUUGAGGGAUGAUCGAGGUCAAGAGGUCGAUAUGGGUCAGCCAUCGCUUUAUGAACUUCGGUCGUACCAAUACUUUACCCCACAAGAUGUGCCAUUCACCAAGACUGUCAAUCACGCGUUGAUGAAACAAAAUACAAAAGUAGGCUCUUCGACUGGACCUAAUUAUUCAGCAGAUUUCGCUAAAAAGGUCAAAGAGAGAGAUGGAGCGUGUAUCUUUACCGGUGUCAGGCCCCCGCCAGGACCCCCACUCGAGGCAGCACAUAUUGCGCCUCUGCGUCUUGGGGAGGAUUUCGUAGACAAUAUUAGAACCCACAAGGUAGAGGACCUCAGUGGUAUCAAUGAUAUCCGGAACGGUUUCACUCUAUCGAGUCGCCUUCACCCGGAGUACGACUUCCAUACAUUUGCAAUUCUCCCCUUUCCCACACCAAGCGACAUUCUCAGCUUGGCAGACAUGAAGGAGCCAGAUCCGAAUCACCCGAGGGAACGCAGGAGGGAUGCACACUUCCGAACAACUGGCCAACGACGGCUACAGAGGAAGGCCUACCUCCUUCAUUGGAUGGAAACAUGGAAGGUUGGCAUCGACGAGACAAUGCGGGAAGAUAUAGAGGAGAUUGUUGCUCAUUGUGCACAGGCUGCUUUCAUUCAACGAGUUGAAGACAAAUUACCGCACCGAGGACUGCUGCAUUAUCGCUACGGUACGAGUCUGAUCGUGAACUUUAUGAAUACUACUGUCUCGCAUGGUUGGGAUUUACUGCAAAAGAAGAGGGAAACAGGAGAAUUGGAUGAGGAAGAACUGCCGGGCCCUGAAAACGACCUGGGUGGGAAUGAGGGACCAGGAGGAGGAAAUGGUGAGCCGAGGGAUGAAGAUGAGGACUCCGAUGAAGACCACGAUGAACCCCCCGAGCAAGAACAGGACAUGUAUGUGGAUGGUCCACCUGUACGACUCUCCUUCAGCUCAGCGAGGGAAGAAGAGGCCUUGGCCAUUCAAUCGUGGUUUGACAGCUUAUAUGAAGUUUCGAAGAGCUUCAGAAAAGUGGAGGAAUGGAGAAAUGUGGCGCAGACCUGA